AUGCAAACAAUAAAAGUAUUUCAUGCUUUUAAGUUUAGAUUUAAUAGUUUUAGACACUCUAACAGACAAUUUUAUACUCUAAACAUAUCUUAUAUAGUAAAAUAUAAAGAUAAUAAUACACUUGGUAAUAAGUUUCUUAAUGGUGGUAGCAGUAAUAGUAACAAUGGAGAUCUUACAAAAUGCUUUUCCAUGUCAAAAUUUAAGAUUAUUUCCCGAUCGAAAACUGUUUCAAAGAUCAAGGUUGCUAGUCUUCCUACUAAAAAACUUAUAUCACCAUAUAUUGAAAAAGAAAGGGCUGGCCCUGAAUUGGAUACAACCAUUGGUAGAUCGGUAAGGCUUGCACAAAAAGAGUAUCCGAAUUGUAUUAUAUUAACGCGCGUCGCAGAACAAAUAGCACCUAUUUUGGAUAUAAAAUUGGCAAAAAGAAAAUUUAGCCAAACUUACAUGUCAUUUGCAGGCUUUCCACUUCAACAUCUGGACAGAUAUCUUUCUGUACUUGUUAAUGGUUAUGGACUCCAUGUUGCAAUAUGUGAGGAAUAUUUAAACACGAAUUACGAAGAAGACAAAUUAAAGUUCAAACGAAGGGUCUCACGUAUUAUUACUCCUGGCACAUUAAUUGAUGAAAGUUUUUUACCACAUGAUGAAAAUAAUUUUUUAUUGUCCAUCUCAACCUCAUUAGAAGGAAAAACACAUUAUAUAGGACUAUCAUGGAUUGACAUCACCACGGGACAAUUUUUUUUGCAGCAUUCAACCAUAGAAAAUCUUUCAAAUAAUCUGGCACGUAUUAACCCAAGGUUUUCUAUAUUAGAAGAACAUGCGAGCUCGUCAUUACUUUUUUAUGUUCGUAAAAAUCUUUUUGAAAACAUUCCUCAUAUUCAAUAUCCAAUUAAAGUUGAUGAAAAUUCUACAAUGGUUAUUGACGAAAGUGCUUUACAUUCAUUAGAAAUAAUGAUUACUAUGAAAGAUAAAUCAAAAAAGGGAAGUUUGAUUGACACAAUUAAACGUACGAAAACAAUGUCAGGCGCAAGAAAAUUGGAUCAAUAUCUAAUAGAAUAUUUUUAUGAGAAUACAGGACUUACAGAAGAAAUUCGUAAAGUUCUUCAAGAAUGUGACGAUGCCAUUAGAAUAUCUCAACGAGCUUUACAGCGUGUAUUAUCUGUUGAAGAUUUUCUAAAAAUCAAAAAAACAAUUGAAGCAAUCAAUAAUCUUAAAGAUAUUUUAGAAAGAGAAUUGAAAUAUAAGCCUGACGAGAGCUUACAAAAUUUGUUGAGCCAAUUUCAAUCACAAGAUGAACUUGCAAAUGCGAUUGAUAAUGCAAUAGACGAGAUUGCAUUUAAUAAUUAUAAAGAAUCAUCUAGGAAUUUGGAAGAUAAUAACAUAUUGGAUAAUGGACUUGCAGUUGAUGAAAAUGUAGACACGAAUAAUAAUAACAUUGCCCAGGAUGAGAUUAGUAAUACCAAAGUAAAUAAAAGAAAAGUGGCGACAACCUAUACAAUAGAGCAGGAAUUAAUGCUUAAUACGAAAGAAGACAAUUGGUUUGUCAAAAAAGAUUUUUCUCCAAAGUUACGAAGACUUCACAAACGGCUUGAAGCCAAAUAUUAUGAAAAGAUAGAACUUCAAAGAACCUGGAAAAAAGAAUUGAACAUCACAAAUCUGGAGCUUAAAAGUCAUCCAACCUAUGGAUUUCUUGUGUCAGCUAAUUAUAAAAUAGGUCAAGUCGAUGUUGAAAAAAAAUUAAAUGCAACUCGCAUUCAUCAAUUCAGAACGAAAAAAUGGUUUAUUCAAUGGUCAAAUCUUGGAGCAGAAAUUAAAUAUAUAAAAUCACAAAUAAGUGAAGAGGAGAAAAAGAUUUUGCAAAUAAUUUGUGAUAAAAUUCAAGAUAAACAAAAAGUAAUAAUAAAAAACAUUGAUAUAAUUGAUAAAUUGGAUAUAGCGUCAUCAUUUGCCGUACUAGCUAGAGAACAGAAAUACGUACGACCUAUUAUUAAUGAUAGCACUGUCCAUAAGAUUAUUGGAGGACGACACCCAGUUGUAGAACUUAGUAAACGGGUUCCUGGGGAUCAUUUUGUUAAAAAUGAUUGCAUCGUUGGAGAGGAACAACGGCUUUUGCUAAUAACGGGGCCUAAUAUGGGAGGUAAAAGUACAUUCCUUCGACAAAAUGCAAUUAUCUCAAUAAUGGCACAAAUUGGAUCAUUUGUCCCAGCUGAUCACGCUGAGAUUGGAAUAGUUGAUAAGAUAUUUAGUAGAGUCGGGACUUCAGAUAAUUUAUACAAAGGUGAAUCAACAUUUAUGGUUGAAAUGAAGGAGGCCUCCAAUAUAUUAAAACAUGCUACAUCUAAAUCUUUUGUUAUAAUGGAUGAGGUUGGCCGUGGGACAACUACGUUAGAUGGAAUAGCAAUUUCAUAUGCUACUUUGCAUCAUUUAUACAAUGAAAAUCGAUGCAGAACAUUAUUUGCAACCCAUUUUCAUGAAUUACCAGAAAUGAUAAAGAAUUUUAAAAAUGCAGCUUGCUAUUGUACAGAUAUUAAAGAAGAAAUAGAUGGUAGUUUUCUUUAUAAUCGUAAAGUAAAAGUUGGCGUGAAUAAAAAUUCCGCAGCAUUGCAUACUGCUAAGCUUGCUGGAAUGUUACCAACAGUAAUUAAUUUAGCAAAAAAAACAUCCGAUUAUUUGGAUCGGCACUCAAAACCAAUCAUAUUAG